AUGGAAAAGAUUGUGACAUGGCUUGAAUCCAAUAAUGGGUUCAAGGCCAUUGGUGUUCAUGGAAUGUGUGGCACGGGAAAGACCACUCUUGCCAAAAUGGUUCUGAGUGAUCCACGAGUCAAAGACAAGUACAAGAAGCCCAUAUGGGUGUGUUUGUACGACUUGCAAUCAAAAGAAGAAAUGGAUAUUAGGAUUGUUAAGGAGAUGUUGGCACUUUUGGAUGAUGAUCCUGAUCUAUUGGCGGAGGAACCUGAAGAUAAGUGGCUGGUGAAAAAUCUUCAUGAUAAACUCUUGGAUCAGAAGAAGUACUUGAUUGUGUUGGAUGCUGUGUGGCAUUGCAACGAUUGGUUUAAUAAUUUGUUCUGUGUUGAUCAAGAUGGUGGUGAUACGAGCAAAGAACUCUUUUCCCAAGCCUUGCCCAAAGAAACUGGUGGUGCUGUCAUUGUCACCAGCAGACAAAAGGAAGUGACUACUAAAUUGGUGCGUGAAGAGAAUUUGAUUCAUCUUAAGCCUUGGGGUGAUGAAAAAUUGAAGAACUUUGUGAAGAAGUGUUUGGAAAAACAAGAUAAAAUCACUGAGGAAAACAUUAACUGUGUUGCUUAUCAUUGUCAUGGUAUUCCUUAUGUUGCUGCAACCAUGUCAGGUUGGAUAGCUAAGCAGAUCACCAAAAAGUCAGAUUCUAAUUGA